CAGCGACUGAAAAAGUAGAAAUUUGCUACGAACAAGAACUGACUACAAUCUACUUAACAAUGUCUGCCCUCUCUACUUGCGAAUUGAAAGUGGUGGUUCAGUAGAUUUCUUGAUCAAACAUACAAAAAGUUAUGUCGCAUGUAAAACGACAAGCCGUGCGCGCCUGCGCUUGGGUGGACUGGGACGAAUGGCUGGAGGUGUAUGAGGCAUUGUUUGAAAAGCAAAACUCCAUGAAAGCCAUCGACAAAAUCGCCGAGUGGCGGUUGCGCAAGAAGCUACCCGUAUCCGUCUGCGCUACCGCAACUUUGUUGGAAGCGCAAAAGGCCGACGACCACUACUGUUUUGUCCCGAGAAUUGCCGGCGUUGCGAGAGGGGGACCCCUUACUGAAUCGUUGGCGACUACUAAGAACUACCCAAUUGGAGCAAAUAACCACGUAGGUGAUGGCGCAAAGAGUCGCCCUCUUGAGAGCCGACACGAAACUUCGACUUCCGCAACGAAACUGCACGCCCGGCUUAAGACCAAAACUUCGAUGGUGCCCCACAACGAACAAGGAGCCUCUGGACAGGAUGCCUCAAAUCCGGCCUGUUCGUUCCUCCCGGCCGAGGACCGGAAUUCGCACGGCAUCCGGUCGUAUCAAAUGUAAAAAUGUCUGGGUCUGGAAGAUUGCAACUUGUCAUGCUGUUUUUGGACUCUAAAAAAUUUUGUAUUGCAUGACAAGCAAGAGGGGCACACUUUGUGCUACACGGACAGGGCAUUUCUCAUGCGGAAGGUGCAUCAGGAAGGCCUCUAAAAGUCUGCGAUGCUACAUCAUGCAUUACAGGCUUCAUGGGUCGUGAGAAAUAUGCAUGACAAGUCUUCUUGCAUUCCUCCAGACCCAGACAUUUUUACAAUCCAUAGGUCGCUGUACAGCAUGGCGAUCGUUCGCCUGGUCAACGGCAUCGCGGACAACAAGCAGACGGGCGAGAAGGCAAAAUCAGUCUCGGCGUUGUGGGCGGAGGCCGGGUGGCCGGCCUGGAUUGCGGACCUGCGGCACCAGGCGACGCACCAGGACUUGCCGGCCCUGAGUUUGCUGCGGUUGGCCUGUCACCAACUGCUGCAGCUGCUACGGGAGAAGUACUGGGAUCCCCAGCGCGAACUCCUCGCAGAGGACGAAACUAGAAAUAGCAACAAAGCAGGAAUAGUUCCCUCCCCUAAGCGAAGGAAGUUGACGUCGGGAGAAGCGGCGGCAAAAGGUGCGACGGAUCUUCGAAUCGUAAAUGCACAGAGGAAGAAGAGCGAAAGCAAGAGCUCAGCGGAAAUUAUAUCAAAACACGUUCAUCUCGCAGACGGUGCUGUUGGAACACGUGGAGGAUCGUCCCGCGAGAUAAACGACCAAGGAAAAGAACAAGAGAUGGACCACCACGCGGGAACCGGCACACGAAAGGUAGUUCUCGAGCAAUUUCUCAAGGACGAACUGGAUCGGGCCAAAGCUGAGAUUAGUGCGACGGAGAAGCAAAAUUUGAAGAAAUUAUCGGCUAAGAAGAAGCAGGACCAGCAGCAGCAGGCAAAUAGGAUGAAAGGGAACAAGAAGAAAAACGCAAUCGCGAAUUUUCCGUGCGACGAGACUGGGACAAAUCUGCCUGCCGAUGGAGAUGUGAGCGGCGUGCACGAAGUAGACAACGCGUCGAAUAAUUUUGACGAUGACCCAGAUCGUUUAGCAAUUGUCUUCACCCGCGAAAGUGUGAACAUGGCCCGUGUGAAACGGUUGCGGGACUUUGCGGACGCCGAUGUGGAGCAGAUUUUGUCCUCCCUUUUGAAGGAACGAAAGUACGCCCUGGGCGAUCUGUUGCUCUUCGAAUGGUUCGAGAUUACCAGCUUGUCGCAAAGGACCAAGUUUUGCCAGCUCCUGCUCAAGGCCCUAAACGCCAGCUUCCGCAUCAAGGCAGCCACAGUCGAAGCGGUGGACAAAGGGAUGAAUAAAGAACAAGCUUUUACUAAACCACAGCCCUCCUCCGGAGAAGAUGUUGAACAAGAGUUUCAGGUGCGGGAACAAGAUAGUAUCAAACUCGAAACUGCGAGUCGCACGACCAACCAGAUUCUUUCCUGCGUCCGUCGCCUCUGCGCAUCUUCCGUCAACUUUGAAGAAACUUGGACCGAUGUGUGCCGCGCGCUCUUGUUCACGGAAGAUCUGGCGCUGGAAACAGUUGAGGCGAUUGUUGGGCAGUACGAAGACAAGGAGGAAAACGUCUACGGAAACGAGCAUCCAAACUUGUUGAAAAAGGCCGAUUUUCUUCUGGACAACUACUCGCAGCAAGUUGCGGACUGUAUCAACAAAGGAGAGGAAGAAGAUUUUCGAUUUCGAGACUCCGACACGCAUAGUACACAUUUCGAAUUCAUCGAUGAAGAGGAAGAGGAAUUUGCCUUGGAGCAAAUGACUCGGGCAUUGGUGGAGCGCGAGAACAAGAGAAAGAGCAGCAUGAAACGAGCGAGUGGUCUGCAACUCGACGGUGGCGAUAUAAUUGACGAGGACUGCGAAAUAGAAGCGAAUCUACUUCCCAACGACGUCGAAAAGCUACGAUCUGCAAACAGGCGGACAAUCCGGCUAGACGAAGAUUUCGUGUGGGCACCAGUGGGCACGCAAUUCCGUGAUUACUUGACGGCACCGGAAGAAGUGGAGGAAAAUGCAUGCGUUCCUGGAACAAAGAAGACGCAGGAGAACGAGUGCGACAGGAACGGCGGGACGAGCUUUUCGUGCCUCGACCACGGAUUGACAGACCGCCCGCCACACGAGAUGAUCCAGGGCCGCAAUUUGGUCGAGUACCACGGGAAGAAAACGCGCAAAAUAUCAAGAGGAAAAAUCCCCCCUCCCCACAUCGAAAAGUUAUGUCUCCGAAAAUUUGUAUUGCUGAUUUGAGACCACAAAUCACGUCUGUCUUGCAACAAGGCAACUCCACAAGCUCCGCAGCAUUGUGCAGGCGGUUUGUGAUGCCAGUGGGCCUACAGCAUGGACGUUCCUCAUUCUCGACGCCUAGGCCAAAACCUCUCUACUUAGGCUCAGUAUGGGCCUGCAUUCAUUCUUCUCCAGCAAGAGAAAUCUGAUUUGUGUACGCAAAUCCUGCAUAAGAAGCUUCGUUUUGAUGUGGGGAGGGGGGAUUUUUCCUUUUCAUACAAAAUCGACCGGUACGAAAAGCUUUUCGAGGAUUCUUCCGACGAAGAAAGAAAGAAAAGAAGGACAAGGCGAAAGAACAUGGAUCUUCACAAUGGAAAUAUCAAAGUAGGGGACCACGACGUCGACGAAGAAACCGAUAUCAUCUUCGACACGCCCACGGAUAUCGUGGAAGAAGAAAUUCGCGCGGAGCGGGAGCAGCGGCUGGUCGGAGACAAGGAUCUCGCGUUUUACGCCUGGUUCCAGCAACUAGAGGUCGUGCCAGAUGCGGAAAACAAAGAUGUUGACGAAGGGGAGCAGGAGCAGCCCGGAGAUGAAGCGAGUGCAGAGAACGUAGCCCUGUUUCUUUGACGUGAUCAAUAAACGAGUAUCUGCUAUAACAGAACGAAGUGCUUGGGGCAAAGUUAAAGACCACGAGCAGCUUUCGAGUUGAGUAAGUGCCAGUGCUUGCAGCUAAUCCGGAACAUUCACCGCGGCCGAACAUGCAAAGUGAAAAAGUGACUUCCAAAUGUGUUUAUUGCGACCUCUUGUUGAAUCUAUUUGCGCGACUGACUUUUUAUCCUCUAUGAUUGAAAAGCACUGCCCG